CAGCCUUCAACGCUCAACAGGACUGUGCUUGCUUGGUGUUGUUGGAUCAGACUGAGCUCCUUGUCAAACAAAGGCUGGGUCAGCCAAGCUCCUUUGGCGGAAGCAGAUCAAGGUUCACCGAAGUGUGUAGCCAGUUUCCUCAGCAGAUGGCUGUUUAUUGCACAGGCACCGUCAAUAUACAGCUUGACUUACCCGCAGCGGAGUACACACGUCUCUAUAUUAUAUCUUUACCAGCUCUUCGGCCAUUAUCUUUUGAAGGUGCCAAAGAAGCCAUGGUACAGUGGGGAGGGACACAAUACGGCGAGGAGGUGCUCGAUCAAAUAUAUCUUUUCUCUGCUGGGGUCCCACGACUUCUGGAAUAUGUGUUUCAAACAGAUGGUGAAUUAAGAUCAACUUUUGAGAUUGCAUUCAAUGCCAUGUCCGAAUGUUUUGAAAGUUCCUAUCGAUCUGCAGCGCCUUUCUUUGAUCAACCAAAUGCGGCAUUGUCGCUGGUUCUUUGCUCAGCAGUUCGUUGGAACGCAACCGACAGUGAGCUUGUGCCGGGCACAUCGAAAAGGUGGCUAGAUAUUUUCAACGCGGGAGCCGCAUUUCCAAAUGGCGCUUCUGUGUUGGUUCCGCUCGUUUGGUGGUUUCGUGAUCAGAAAAGACGGAAACUGCUGGCUCAAAAGGCCCGAGAGUUGAACAUCAGCCUCGAAGGUCUCUUGCCAGAUCCUGCCGAUUUGCUUCAGGCUCCACAACAAGGCCCGCUUUCCCGAGGGACACUGUGGGAAGAGCAGGUUUGCAAUGCUUUGGCCGCCCGUUUUUAUUUGUAUUGCCUGGCAGAUCAAAAAACUCCAUGCGACACCUACAUACCUUUUCUAGAUAUCUAUCCUACGACAGACGACCAUUUACGCAGUGUAUUGGAACAAUUCAGUGUUUGCUGGAGUGACGGGGUCGAGUAUCCAAAGAAGGAAGCAAGUGUCCUUGACAGGGUCGGGAAGGCCAUCAAAUGCAACAAGAAUUUCAAGAGUGCUCACCAUGACUUGCUGAUCCCUGUGAAGCGAAUUGAAACAGGACAGCUGGAGUACAUAGCCGCACAGUGCCGUUGCGGAAGUCCCAAAACUGCAGCAGAGUUGACUACAACAUACCAGGACAAAACCAGAAAACCCAGGACCAGUGACCCGAGCUCGGAGGUUCCUGACAUGACGAAUGUACUGUUGCAAAUUUGUUCCACAAGUGAAGGGACGCAGAAGUUCCAGAAAGCUACACCCUGGGCAAAGCGGCAAGAGGAGAAGAGAUAUUCACUGAUGAGCUGUAAAGCUAUCAUUGCGCAGCUUCACAUGCUCCGCAUCUUGUGAUACAACGGCGACGGAGCCGCAUGUGGACAACCGAAUCAUGUAGCUAUGGCUUUAGCGUGGCAUGGCCAAAGUUGCCUCUUUAGUGAAGAUGCUGAGGCAUUUUGGAAAGCUUUGCUGCCUACCGACCGGAUUUUAAGUUGCCUACCGAUGAAUUUCUAUUUGUGACACCGAUGAUCAUGCAAACCUUGAUCCGGAGUAGCUGAAUGGCAGCUUAUUCUGCUCAAACCCCAUGCGCGCUCGAAUUCUUCAGGAGUGGCAAUGUGGUGGCGUACCAAUCGUAUCCUUACGUGUCAUCGAAAGGUGGAAGGGCAAGGCCAGUCUGUCUCCAUACCUUUCGUGAAUACAAACAAGAGACCACUUGCACCACAUAGUUUUUGCGAGCACGAGACACCAAUUUGCUCAGCCAAAGCCAAGAGAGUCAGCGUCGAUUGCAACAAGAUUUUGGGCAGCUCAAGAUGGAGAGAGAUCCCGUUUUUCCCAAAAGCAUCCGAUGCUUGGGUUCUCGUUUAGUUUGAGUUUCGGGGGCGGAGCGACGGUCGAUGGUAAAAAGGUUG